ACAUUCGAACCGGAAACGGAAUCACACCGUUGUUUUUUUCCUAUUCCUCUCGCUCCGUUGCUUCGGGCAGGUACAGAAGUUUCCAACAAACAUGGAGUACAAACUGAUCAUGGCCGUCUCCGGCUUCCCGAGUCUCUACGACACAAACUCACUGACCUACCGGGACCUGAACAUGAGGGCGGACUCGUGGAGGCAGGUCGCGGAGAUCGUUGGUGUUCCCGAGUCUGAAUGCAGGAGGAAGUGGAAGACUCUGAGAGACCAACACAGGAGGGAAAGGCAGAGAGAGAAAGAGAGACGUGAGAGCGGCGUGGGGCUGUUAAACUACAGGCCGUGGAGAUACUCGUCCAUUUUGUCGUUUUUAAACCCGUUUAUCGACGCCAGAGCUGCAGGCACCAACGGCUGGGCUCUGGACCCGCAGCCCUCCCAGCUGCACUCGGCUGAAAUGGUGGGCUGCAGUACGACCACAGAGACGAGGAGCGACGACGACGAGAACUACGGCUUCGCUGUAGCAGACGCAACAACAACAUCAUCGUCAUCGUCGUCCUUCUCAGAGUUCGUCCCGAGGAAGCGACCGUCUCCCGCCAACGGAGACGCUAUCAGACUUAAAGAGGCAAAGAUUGAGGUGACCUCAGACUCUGCUGCUAAAGACGACAGCGUGCAAACACAGCACGUCCAACAUGCUAACAUGAAGGAGCUGUUUGAGAUGAUGAUGCAGUCAGUUACAGCUUUGGCCACAUCCUUAGUUUCUCCACACUCUUCCUCACAGCCCUCGGAUCAGCUGAUGCCUCCCGCUGUCCCGCAGCUUGAUCUCCAGCACCGUCAGGCUGUCUGCAGCCCGCCGCCGUCCAGCACGACAUCCAGGCUCAACCACCUGAAAUCAGAGGAGCAGGAAAUUGUGGUGACUGAGAUUUUAGAUCACACGGACGAGGAGGAGGAGGAGUGCGGCGUGCCGUCCAGACCGACUCGAGCCAAGAGGAAGAGCAGCGACAGUCUGCUGGAGGAGUACCUGAGGAGGAUGGAGACCAGGGAGACGCAGAGGAACCUGGAUGUGGAUCAGAGAGACGAUGUUACUCUCUUCCUGCUGAGCUUGGCUCCAGCCAUGAGAAGACUUUCUGCAGAAAAGCAGUCGUUGGUCAGAACCAAGAUACAGCAGCUUCUGCACGAGGCUGAGUUUGGUGCUACGAAUUUUCAGUGAUCCCAAACUGUUUUAUAUUUGACUUUUUUAUCAAUACUGCAUGGAUCACAUUCUACAGGACGUCAAUAAUCAGACAGAGAAGUUUUCUCUUUUUUAUUAUACUGUAGCUGAACUUCUCCUUUCCUAUGUUUUUGGUGCCAUUUAUAAUAAAAUCCUAUUGUAACAGUAAUCUGUGUUUUGAUUUAUGAAUUAUUCUUCAAAGUGAAGUAAACACAGUUUUUCUUUAUAUGUGGGAAAAGCUGUUAUUUGAAGGUCAAAUGGUUCCAUGAUGUUGCUUUAAAAUGUGAAAUAAUCUAUAUUUAUUAUAUGGAAUGCAGUGGAUGUUGAGUUUAAACAGUAGGAAAGAUGUAACCGCAGCCUACAGGUCACAGUGUCAGACCUCACUCACAGCGUUAAACCCUGGAACUGUUUUCUCUCUGUUAGGAGCAAAGUAAAUGUUUCUUAGAUGAGCAGCCAUCUAAGUGAUUUAUAACAGGCACCACACAGUUUUAACAUUUCUCACUGUUUGAUGAUGUUUUACUGACCAACCGAUUAAAGAAGUUAAUUAAUCAGAUAAUAAGGAGGAUUUAUUAUCAGAGUGACAAGUGCAGACAAUCAAGAUAUUUAGACAGUAACUGUCCAAUCAGUGUCAGAUUUAGUCUUUGUUUGUUUGUUUGUUUGUGGCUGAUAAAUGACACCAAGAAGAAAAAGAUAAAAUGGUGUGAUUUCCUAACAAAUGUUCAAAUGCAAAUAAAAUAUGAAUAUUCUUAAUAA